CUACCUCAUGAUCUUAUCUUUAUGUAUAAAAUAAAAGCUUGGAAUGAUUAUGCUUUGCUGCUUUUGACCUUUUUUUCAACAAUAUUUAUAUCAACUGAAUAUGGAACUCUGAUAUCAGUAGGUUUAUCAUUAGUGCUUGUUGUUAAACAUUCCACCUAUCCUCGUAUUACUAUAAUGGUUAAUUUUCCAGACCAGGCAGAACAUGUUGAAGGGGUUUUAGUGAUUAAAAUAUCUGAACCUUUAUAUUUUGCUAAUACUGGACAACUUAAAGAUCGUCUUAGACGUCUAGAAGAAUUUGGAGAUAUGAGUGUUCAUCCAUCAGAAGAUGCAAGAAUGUCACCUGUUAAAAAUGUGAUAUUUGAUAUUGAAACGAUGGAAGGGAUUGAUGCCAGUUUAGGGUGUUUCAGAAUAAAUCAGUCAGAGGUCGUCAAUGAAACGUUGAAUGGAAAAGAUGUUUUGGUAUUACUGACAACUGGUGGCGAGGAAAGUCUAUGUUACCGGUUGCUUGCAAUGGUAGAAACUGGAAGAACAAAAGAAGCAAGAAUUAUAAUCAAGUUUAUAUCAACAUUAUGUUUGUAUGAAGAAGUUAAAAUUGAAAGCUUUUCCUCACCAAAUCCACCAGAAAUUUUAUCAGAUUUGGUAAUUGGAAUAAAUGAAGUAACGAAAUAUCUUGAAAAAUCAAUAAGUCAAUCUAAUAAUAACAAUCAUAUGAAAUCAUUGAUUUCAGCGAUUCCAAAAAAAACAAAUAACAAUGAUAACAAUGGAAAACAUCAAAAACAUCAUCAUCAACCGUUAAACGUAAUAUUUGUUUGUAAAUAUGAUAUAAGUCCAUCGCACUUAUAUUCACAUCUACCUAUUAUGGUGUGUUUAGAAGGAAAAGUUUUACUUGUACAAUUACCCAUCAAUUCGAUCAACAAAAUUUCUAAUAAUAUUCAUAUUAAAAGAUGUUGUUGUAUUGGUGUAAAGGAUAAUUCAAAAAAAGAGUUUAGCAAGUUAUUUAAUUUGAUUAAUGAAGGUCAAAUAAAACCCAUAAAAGCAUCUUGGUUGAAACCAUUUGAUCAAGAAAUAAAUAAUGGUGACGAUAAUCAAGAGGAUAAAGAACAAUUGUUAUUAUUAAAUAAAAAACGUAAAUUAGAAGAAGACUUUAAUUCUAAUCUCGAUUCUAAUAAUAUUAAUACCACAAUAUCGGUAACAGCGACAGCAACAGUAGUAAAUUCUUCUUCCACCACAACCACUAAUAACACUAACGAAGAUUUCAUCUAA